UAGAACCAAGGUGAAAAAUGGCAGCAGCAAUGUCAGUGGCACGUCGUAGAUGGCCCAGUGUUCUGCGAUUUUAAAAUGAAUUCAACUUGCGUAGUGUGUGGAUCGCAGGAGAAUUUGCUUCGGUGCGCCCGCUGCAAAAAGACAUUUUAUUGUUCGAGAACGCAUCAAAAGCAAGAUUGGAAACGACACAAACCAACUUGUAACACAGCCGACGAUCAAAACGUUCAAACUUUAAACGUUGAAAAGGAGACAAACGGAACGUUGCCGGUUGUAGGAAGCUCCGAGGACGAAAUAUUAAGUUCCUGUGCCCAAAGUUUAUCACCGAACCUAUACAAAUCGAAAGUCAACGACGAAAACAUGCCCGCCAGCAAGGAAAACCUUCGUUUCGAUCCUUCUUUUCAUUGUACUACGUUAAAUAAAUCCCGCGGGCCGGAUACAGACAUUGACUUGAUGAGUCUCAACGUAUUAAGAGAUAUGAAUGAUUACGGUGUCUGUGUGGUUGAUAAUUUUCUUGGUGAGGAAAAAGGAAGAUUAGUUUUAAAAGAAGUGCUAAACAUGUACUCGAGUGGUGUGUUCAAAGAUGGACAGUUGGUAUCGAAUAGGGGCAGAACGGAUUUGAAAACGAUACGAGGGGAUAAAAUAGCUUGGGUGGAUGGCAAAGAAUCGUUUUGUAAUUAUAUUGGAAGUCUUAUAAGUCAAGUAGAUGCCGUUAUAAUAAGAGCAAAUAAAAUGGAGAAUAAUGGCAAAAUGGGACAGUAUAAUAUUAAUGGUAGGACAAAGGUGAGAAAUAUUUGUUUCAUUCAUACUCCCCUUAAUUAUUUUUCUAUAGAUUCAUACUAUCACUACAUUUUAAGUACAAAUUGGUUAUCAAUAUUGAUUGCUGAUUUAUAUUAUUUAAUGAAUUGA